GGACCGACCUAGAAAAUCUGCACUUGAAAUCAAAUUUGGAAGAGUCGAGUGUUACCAAAAUGAGAGUAUCAAAAGCACAGCUGCGCCACCACUACUCCACCGCCGUUUGGUACACUCCACCGCCACCCCUACCAUGCCAUCACCACCACAACCCAGACCCCAUUCUCACCACCCUCUCAAAAGCCUUACAAAACUCCCAAACUAAACCCCUUCAAACCUCUCUCCAAAAACUCAUCCCUUCUCUUAAACCCGACCAUUUCAUCAAACUAUUAGACCAAAACCCACAAUCUUUCUCCCCUCAUUCUCUCUUCUCUCUCUUCACAUUUCUCUCUUCUCAGCCCUCGUUUAGACACACUCUCCAUUCAUAUUGUGCCAUGGCUUCUUUUUUGUCUCGCCAUCAAAUGUUUGAUCAGUCCUAUUCACUGCUACACUGUGUUAUUUCUCGGAAAGGUAAGAACUCUGCUUCUUGUAUUUUUGCUUCACUUCUUGAAUUUAGAGAGACCCAUCGAGCUGAUUUUGUGUUUAGUGCUUUGAUUGAUGCGUUCUUGGAGUUGGGUUUUGUUUAUGAUGCAAUUCAGUGUUUUUAUUUGAUGAGAAAAUAUCGAAUUGAGAUUUCAUUUCGGUCUUGUGGUAGGAUUUUUGAUGAUAUGAUCAAGUGUUGUACGCCUGUUAUGGUUUGGGGGUUUUAUUGUGAUGCUCUGGAAUGUGGGUUUCCUGGUGAUGUUCGUAAAUUUAAUGUUUUGAUACAUAAAAUGUGUAAAGAAGGUAAAUUGAAAGAAGCCCAGCUGGUGUUUGAUGGAAUUAGGAAGUGGGGAUUACGGCCUACGGUUGUUACUUUUAAUACUUUGAUUAAUGGGUAUUGUAGGUUUGGUGACUUGGAGGAAGGGUUUAGGAUGAAGAGGUUUAUGGAUGGAAGUAGAUGUUUGCCUGAUGUGUUUACGUAUAGUGUUUUGAUUAAUUGGUUGUGUAAGGAGUGUAGGUUGGAUGAGGCGAAUGGAUUGUUUGAUGAGAUGUGUAAGAGAGGCUUGGUUCCUAAUGAUGUUACCUUCACUACUUUGAUAAAUGGGCACUGUAGAUAUGGGACUAUUGUUGGGGCUAUGGAGGUUUAUAAAGAAAUGUUGCAGAAAGGUGUUGAACCUGAUUUAAUUACGUAUAACACUUUAAUGAAUGGGCUUUGCAAGAGUGGAGAGGUGAGAGGCGCUAAGAGCCUUCUCGAGGAGAUGACCAGGAAGGGUUUGAAGCCAGAUAAGAUUACAUAUACUACACUUAUUGACGGGUGCUGCAAGGAGGGAGAUUUAAAUGCAGCAUUGGAGUUUAGGAAUAGAAUGAAGGAGGAAGGGAUUGAACUUGAUGAGGUUGCCUUUACGGCCCUUGUUUCGGGGUUGUGUAGAGAAGGACGGGUCAUCGAUGCAGAUAGGUUGUUGAGGGAAAUGUUGAGUGCAGGUAUGAGACCAGAUGAUGCAACAUAUACUAUGGUCAUUGAUAAAUUCUGUAAGCAGGGAGAUGUUAAGACGGGGUUUAAGUUGCUGAAAGAAAUGCAGGCUGAUGGACAUGUACCGGGGGUAGUAACCUAUAAUGUGCUCAUGAAUGGCCUGUGUAAACAAGGACAAAUGAAAAAUGCAAAUGUGCUGUUAGAUGCAAUGCUUAACCUAGGAGUGGUUCCAGAUGACAUUACCUACAAUAUUUUGUUGGAAGGGCAUUGCAGGAAUGGAAACCCUGAAAAUUCAGAGAAGCUGCGUAAUGAAAUAGGGCUUGUUCUUGAUUAUGCCUCUUAUAAGUCCCUAGUAGAUGACCUAUACAAAAAUUCAAAAGAGAUGACAUAGCUGGUGCAUCUGAAAACAUGUGUCAUAUGCUUAAAUCAGUUUGAUCAGAUACGGUGGUCUUAAUAGAGACUUGAGAAGUGGUAGUGAAUUAUGAAGGCGGUUAUGGAGUUUUGACUUAUCAGGGUCCAUUGGGCUUUUGUGUUGAUACGAGUUGAUGCCCCGAAUUUCUGGAAGUUCAGUUGGAUUUAUGUCUUCUCAUAAUUCAUGAUGAUUCUGUCACGGGAUUUCAAGUUUUAGUCACAUUCGAGUCUAUACCCUGUCAUGUAUUCUUCUGGGGCUAUGGACAUGGACAUUGGGGAUUGUGAGUGGUCUAUGCGACCAGAAUUGUGUUGCAACAGCUUGAGGGCAUCUACAGUAUCAUCAUUCUCACAUUCAUAGUUUACAGCUCGAAAUAGGAUUACACUGAGAGUUGUGGUUAUGCAGAUGGUAACUAGUCUGAUAUAGGAUGAGGUAUACAGCUUAGAAUUGCCUUCUUUUCUCUGACAGAGAAUUUGAGUGUGAGAGCAAGUAGGCUCUUUGUUUUCAGCUGGGAUGUUGAAUAUUAGAGAGCUGGACGGGCAUUGCAGAGUGAUGGAUUUAUGGUUAUAAAAAUGGUAAAGGGGCUUCUCACAAGAAUGUCAAGACGUGACGCAGAGGACGAGCAUCAACAGGUAACAGGUAACAGGACAAUUUGCAAGAGGGAGCCAAAUGUACAGGAUUACAGGAGUGUGGGAGUACUUGUACAGAGCUCCAAACAGUAAAAUAAUCCUUAAAUGUGAAACCUCUAUUCUGUACAGUAAUGUCGUUGAUCAUUUACAAGAAGUAAUUUACACGAGUUUGACAAUAUUGUGAGUGGCUCCUGUUUUAUAAUGACUACGAUGAAAAAUUCUCAGUAUUCUCAAAUAUAUGUGGUAUCAGGGAGGAGUCAGGCAGCACUUGGUGCCAACUGAGCAGUGGUGCCACAAUUCGAAUCCUCCUUUGAGUUCAAAGUGACACAGAUUGGCCAGUCUACUUGUUAUUCAAGUCAAGGACAUGGAGUAAAGAGUUUGUUUUAUAUAAUUUGAAUUGAAGCAUACAAAUUUCAACUGUGAUAAGUCAUCAAGUAUCUGGACAGCAGACUAAUUUUUAAAAUGCGACCAAAUUUUACUUGCA